AUGGAGAACAUUGUCGACCUCAUCCUGACCCCAUUUAGGGACAUUGUUGACAAGGGUAGGACGGCUGUUCAGAAUGCGGGUGAUGCACAGCCCAUGCUCAAGGCCUCUCAAGCCCUGCUCAAGGAGGGCGAGCGAGCCCUCAAGAAAAUAGAGCCGUUGUGCAAGAAACACUUUGACGAUUUUGGGCCGAACUUCAUCGAAGCAGUAAAGGACAAUGUAGACGAUUUCGAUGCCGACAAGUUCACUGAGCUCCAGAUGAUGUCACGGACAGCUGCACCCAAGAUCUACGACAUCCUGCUGAAGAUGAAGCUUGAGCCGCCUGCUCAUUUCAACCAAGAGCAUUUCAUGUCGCAGCUGUCGCCCCCUUCGUCGCCGCAUCCCACGCCGCCCAUGCUGAUGCCACCGAUGCUCACGGCGCCGCCUUCGACUACUGGUGCAAGCUCCGCAGGCAGAGACUCCAUGUCAAGUUCCAAGACCGAUAACAGGUCCGCCACAGAUACGGCUCCGGUUGAGACCGCCAAUGAGCAGUUGAGCGUGAUGAUCGAUAAGGCGUUUAACAGUGAGAGUAACGGCCUCAAUCUGUUAUCUCAGCCACCCCCGAUGCCACCUCCAGACAGGAGCUUGCCUCUACCACCUCCUCGGCCACCGGCCGCUCUGGAACAGCUUCCACCAAGGCCCCCAUCAACGAAUCCGUGGGAUAUUAGGGUCAAGACUGUUGCUUCUGACGACGAACGGCCGCGUGAUACACCCCCAGUGCGCCGGAGGCCGCCUGUCGAGCCACCACUUCUGUCACCGGUUGAGGGAAUCUCGCCAAUUAGCCCGUACACCACGUCCAGAAACUUUUCGAUUCCACGUCCCAACUACCCGGACAGUGCUCGCAGCUCUGGGAUGCUACAGGAAUAUCCACCCGAUUCAGACGAGAAGCAUUCAUCUCAGAGCACCCUUAGCAGCCAGUUGUCAAACUACAGCAUGAGCCCUACUCAGUCUUCGCGCCCUCGAGCACCAAGCAACCAAAGUGCCACCACCUACAGCAGCAGCACCCCGACCAUACCGGAAGAGAUGACGCGGGCCAAGGAUAUGAGAUCAAGGAGCUCGUCACGGCAACGUCCCGCGCCCGUCAUGUAUUCACCCAUGCCAUACAGAGCGCAGCGUCCGCGCCAGCCAUCGCACCCCGCCUCCUCGGAUGAGCGCAUGGAUGAUGCAAAGACCAUUCGUAUGGGCGACUCAGUGAGCGACGAUGUGCAACAAUCGUCGGAUCGAAGAAUGUCGGCAGAUGCCGAGAGCUUGAUUGACCCGAACCCCCUUCCAAUCAGCACAAGGGGGUCCGUUGCCGAUAGGGGAAUGCCAGAUACUGCCCAUCAAGAGCAGCUAUCACGGCAACAGCAGCAGCAGCAGCAGCCAGGGCUCGAGCUUGCUCGGCGCAACACGGGUCCGGCCGACGGCAUAGACAGCGGGUUGAUCCCCGGCUUCUCGAUGACAGCCGUUGUUGCGAAAUGCACCCAUUGUUUGUAUGAGCUCGACUUUAAGCACAUUGAGUAUGAUAUCAACAAGCAAGACGAGGGCAAUUAUACCAAGCAUGGUGUCGGAUAUCGACUGCGCUUCUUGCAGAAGAGCCACUUGCACGCCAAACGGGUCGACGACAUCAUGUAUGCCUGCGUCUUCUGUAUCCACACCAGCCAGACCCUCGACCAGAGCGAUGCCACUGUCUUCACCUCGACAGCGGCACUAUUCAGCCAUCUGGCCCGCCAUCCUCGACCGCUGCCAGACGUUCCUGGCAUCGCCGUGGUGGAUCAAACCGAAAUUCCGCCUCACCUGGUCAACGACUACGAUCUGUAUUUCAAGAAUCCUCCCGAGCCUCAUCCGGUGCGCGAAAGAGCUGCAGAAAUUGCCCAUCUUCCUACCGCCCACGCAAAAGAAUCCGCCCGAAGACUCUUUGGCCAGAGACUGUUACCUGACAGAACUCCAGCCUUGGAGUUUAUUCAGGGAGCAAAGAUCACGGGCAUUACUUGGCCCGCUCGAUAUAACGGAGAGUGGGCGUUCGGAUGGCAUGACGGCGUUCACGCAUCGAUUCCGACUGAUAUCAUCAAGCUGGAUCGACCGCCCUUUGGUCAGAUCAAGAGAAACGCUACAAGCCGUAUCCGGGCCAAGGCCAAAUGGAAGUUUGCACCAAAGGAAAAGAACGAGGACUGGCUGAAGUUUGACAAGGACGAGAUCAUCAGCAACAUCACUUGGUCCUAUCCCGAAUACUGGUGCUGGGCAGGCACCAACGCAAAGGGCAAAUGGGGCGUCUUCCCCCAAGCGUUCCUCGACUCGAACUCGCUGCAAGAGAUUGCGUCGGUCAUCAGCUCGGACCGCGCCAGCAUCCUCAGCAACGAUAAGAACAAGUCGUCAACCAUUCUGUCCAAGUUUCCCACGCGCACCAUGAGCGCGCGGCCACCGAGUGUCGCCGGAUCGACGAGCAGCGGAGAGAGAUCCGUCUUUGGGCAUUCGCGGAGCUUGCGCCGAUCGCGAGAAUACUGA